AAAAGAGGGGGAACAGAUUCAAGAAGUAAAGCAGGCACCACGAAUUUUUCGACUGGCUGAAAUCGAGACACACAAGCAACUGCAAGCACCGGCCUGGAUCUCCCCGAUCCUCACGCCGAGACCCGCGCGGAGCAGCUCCUCCUCCCUGCGCGGCCUCCAGCGCGUCCGAGCUCCUCCCGCCGGAGCGGGGCAGGACACGGCGAGGGCACCGCGCAGCGCCCGCGGCUCCAUGUGCUCAGCGCGGGGGCCGCGCCCGCCCGCCCGCGGCUGCAGCGGCGGGGCCGUGCCGAAGGAAGCUCGGGCAGGAAAAGCAUUUAGGAAGUUUCUUCCCCUCUUUGAUCGGGUACUGGUUGAGAGAUGUGCGGCUGAGACAGUAACCAAAGGAGGAAUCAUGAUACCAGAAAAAUCCCAAGGGAAGGUACUACAAGCAACAGUAGUAGCAGUUGGAUCUGGAGGCAGAGGCAAGGAUUUCUACAACUGGCCUGAUGAAUCCUUUGAAGAAAUGGAUAGUACAUUAGCUGUCCAGCAGUAUAUUCAACAAAACAUAAGGGCAGACUGUUCCAACAUUGAUAAGAUCCUUGAACCUCCCGAAGGCCAGGAUGAAGGUGUAUGGAAGUAUGAACAUUUAAGACAAUUCUGCCUUGAGCUCAAUGGACUAGCUGUCAAGCUUCAGAGUGAAUGUCACCCUGACACAUGUACUCAGAUGACAGCAACUGAACAGUGGAUUUUUCUUUGUGCAGCUCAUAAAACUCCCAAAGAGUGUCCUGCUAUAGACUACACCAGGCACACACUUGAUGGAGCUGCAUGUCUUCUGAAUAGCAAUAAAUAUUUCCCCAGCAGGGUUAGCAUAAAGGAAUCCUCUGUAGCCAAAUUAGGAUCAGUGUGCCGAAGGAUUUACAGAAUAUUUUCACACGCUUAUUUUCAUCACCGGCAGAUAUUUGAUGAAUAUGAAAAUGAAACUUUCUUGUGUCACCGGUUCACUAAGUUUGUGAUGAAGUAUAAUCUGAUGUCCAAGGAUAACCUGAUUGUACCGAUUUUGGAAGAAGAAGUGCAAAAUUCAGUGUCAGGGGAGAGUGAGGCAUAAUGGCAAGAGCAGUACAGAAUCCUGUACUGAAUAUAAACAGAACAUUAAUUAUGUACUGUAUAUAUCACUUUAGACACUUCAAUCACGUAUCUUCAUAGCUUUGUUUAGUAUACUUUUUGUAUGCUGUGUGCAUUGCCUUUUAAUAUGGGAAAUACUUCUAAGUUAUUCAUGAGCUGUAUAUUCAUCUAUGUGGCACUCAUGGUUUUUAAAUAAAAGUAGUAGUAUCUGUUUAUAAUGCCUGUUAAUAAAAGAAUUUACAGUUCUCUAAAAAUGCUGCUAAACAAUCAUUGAAUUACAAUCCUGAAGAUGUGUCUGAUUGGGUGGGGAAAAAGUGAGAUUACAAUUUCACAGCAAGCCAUUUUGUAAUGCAGUAGCUAUAUUAAGUUCAAAGAUUAUCACCUUAAAUAUAUAAUUCUGCAGGAAGCUUCUUGCAAUGUAGCUUAUUCCUAAUUUACCUUUUAUUUUUUUAAAAUGGCUUUGAAGAUUUACUGCUGGAUAUGCAUAUUGCUGUAUGUGUAUAUCCAGGUACUAACAGGAUCUAUAGUAUUAACCAAAAGGACAAUUUCACUAUGGUAAUGAACAUAUAUAUUCUUGAUUUAUAGCUAGCACACUUUCUAGACACUUUUUUUUGUCAGCAGUGGAGGUUUGUGUGCAGCAAGGGACAGGUGCUGUCCCAUUAAGGCAGACUUCUGCUGUUCUCCAGUCCACAACCUCUCUAAAGAAUACCUGUGCAUAUUUAUGGCAACUGCUUACAGAUUAUACCUCAGCUGUUCAUGUUACACUACAUAACACACUGGCACAGUCUCUGCUUGUAUUCCUAGUCAAAACGUGCUACAUACCUGAAAUAACCAACUCAAUUCUUUGCAAGAAUUAAUUCUGUUUUCAACAUACAUUUGUUUCUCUUCAUUUACCUAAACCAUAUUGACAGAAAGAUUUGGAGUCAUGCUUCUGGUUCCCUAUCAGGUGUCUGUUUCAAGCUGUGUUUGCAGAUUUGCAAUAACUGACAAUUUCCAUGAGUGCUGCUUAAUUGUGUUUUGUCUAGAAAGAUAGAAUUAAAUGUUUUAGAGAUGCAUAUAAGAGAAAUACUGCUAAGUGUACAUGAAUGCAGGGUCUAAAAGCAGUAGCAGUGUUCUUGAAUGAAUUUUGCUUUGCUGUUUAAGAAGUUAGCUUGUUUCUCUGAGGUUGACAGGAGCCCUCUUCAUUUCUUUCAGCAGGUCAGAAUGGGCUAGCUCAGCUAGUUUCAGUAACUUACACUUUGUUUUCUACAUGACAUUUACAUGGAAAGAAGGGAGUCCGCAUAUUUUUACUAAGUGUUUUUUCAUAAUAUACUAAACAUGCCUUAAAUUCUAUUUUUCUUUAUAUGAAUCAAGCACACCUCAAGCAACUGUUAUCACCUGGAUGUAAAGGGAAUAUAAACAAUGAGAAAAUUGAGAGACUAAGCUUAAGUACUUCAACAGCUGUGCUCUUCAGCAGCUUCUUGUCUCAUGUUUAUCAUUGUAUUUAACUGUCAGCAGGGUAAUUGCAUGAGAUGUUGUCAGAGUGAAGUAGCUUUAGUUACUGUCUAUACACUUAGCUGUAACUUGCCUUGUAUCGACCAGGUUACCUGAUUUUGAUAGAUACCUUGGAGUUUGUACUGCAGGUAGGAGGAAGUUUUCUGGAGGUAGUAAAAUGUAUUUAGCUCGUUGCUGUCUGCUCUGGGACCAUCCAUGGUGUGGCUCCUUUGUACAGUCACUCUGCAUGUGUAUAUUGGCCAUGGUGACUGGGACAGGCAAAAACAUGGGACUGGUGUUGCUAAUUACAUUUCCUCUACAAAAUUGAAGAAAAUGAUGUGGUGCUCAGGACUGCAUUAAAAUUUUAAACCUCUUCCUCUUAUGCUUUAAGAGUUUAACUUCAAAACAAAACUCUGGAAGUUUGAAUCCUGUUUAUUCUCAUUCAGAUUUGCACUGUAAAAUUGACUUGCUAUACUAAGCUGAUUUUAUAUAAGGCCUAAGUGAGACACUGCUUGUAUUUUCCCUUGCUAUUGUUUACAUGAGUACUGUGUACACACAUGUGCCUGGAUGGUACCAUAAAACUUCAGUUAGCCUAAGCAAACCAUUGAUUUGUCUAAUAAAUAUUAACAGGUUUAAUUUAGACUUUACAUCAUAGGGAAACUGAGACUGUCUUUGAAUUAUAUUGUAAAAAAAGGAUAAAAUUAAACUGUUUCUUUAUCCAUACCACUAU